AAAAAUACAAGCUAGCAACUUACAACAAGUAACAGUUCUUGUAUGGUUCAACAAUUAACUUUUAUAUUUUCAUUACUCCUAUAUACUCUGUCUCCCACUGCAGCUUUUUUGUCUUGUAUUUUACGUAAAAUCUAGAGUUAAUUUCUCAAAUGGACAACUACGGAGCUGAUAAUAAUGGUGAGCUUAAUAGACUUGUAAGUGAAUUAACUCAAGGAAGGGACCUCGUUCAGCAGCUCCAGCUCCAUCUCAAUGCUCCUAACUAUAAUAAUUCCUCUGCUUCACCCGAAACUGCUCGGGAAUUCUUGCUUCACAACAUCCAGUCCAAAUUUGACACGGCUUUGUCCUUGCUCCAAUACAAUAGUACUAUUGGAGACAAUUCUAAUUCACUACUAGCACAUUCCAAUUCCCCUGCACUUCCCAUUUUUGGAAGGUCUGAAUCUCCGCCAUCAUUCACUACAAGUCCUCCUCAUAGUGAAGAUUCUGAUCGUGACCUUGAACCCAAGGAUCCUACAACACGCAACAGAAAGAGCAGUACACCACGGUGGACAAAGCAAGUUCAAAUUCAUCCUGGGGCACCAAUUGAAGGGUCUCUUGAUGAUGGUUUUAGUUGGAGAAAAUAUGGCCAGAAAGAUAUUCUUGGUGCCAAACAUCCAAGAGGUUAUUACAGAUGCACGCUACGACAUGUCCAAGGUUGUUUAGCCACGAAGCAAGUUCAAAGAUCCGAUGAAGAUCCCAACAUUUUUGAAGUCACUUAUCGAGGAAGGCACACUUGCAAUCAAGGUGCUGGUCCAAGUGUCAACAAUGUGAAUCCAGCACCAGCACCUUUGGCUGUAAUAAUACCUCAAAAUCAAGAACCAAACUUAGGAAAUCAUGAACUACAUCAAAAUCCACAGGAAAUUCUCUUGAAUUUUCAGAAAAACCUCAGUAUCUCCACAGAUGAUUUCAACUUCAAUACUCAUCAUGAUCCUAACGAUGCGCCAUAUAUUCCCUCGUUUAAUAAUUUCCCUUCAUCGUCGUCCCACGUUAACACUGAUCAUCAAAAUUACAGCUAUGUGCCUAAUUCUUCUAUAAUUCCAAACAACAACUUUGUGGAGAGUUUCCCCCCUUCCUUGAAUAUGUCUGCAGGUACUUCUCAAAUGAACAGUUUUGGAGGGAAGCAAAAUGAUGCAGACUGCCAAUUUAACUCAAUGGGAUAUGAAUCUAACUUCCCAUAUGAUUAUCAGGGAUUCUCUUCCUAAUCUACCACAUAAAUUAACUUAACCAAGAUGAAGAGCUGCAGUUAACCGUUAAGAUCAGGGACUUUACGAACUGGUGAAGCUGAAUCAGGGACAAUUUUGCACUAUUUGUUAUUAGGAACGAAGCAUUAAUUAGGACUUUGAUGUGUAUUGUAUUUGUUUUGGUUUCAUGUGGUCAUCCUUAUGUUGUACUUUCUGAAUUAAUCUUAUAUCUAAUGGAAGCUUUGUAACAUCUUUUAUCUUUA